AUGGAGGAAUUCCUACCCUCUACUAGAAACACCACUGAGCAGACGUCACCUGCUCUUUCUUCCUCCCAAUUGGACUUAUUUAAAUCUCAAAUUCUAGGGUUUAAAAUCCUCUCUUCGCCAGUAAAUUCGCAAUCCUCGUCUCUUCUUCCUCCGGUUCUUAUUGAUCGAUUUAGUCUUGGCGCGUCUGGAGAAUUCUACUUGAAUGAAUGGCAACAUGGAAAACGUCCCGAGCUAUCCAGCGCUGCAUCAUUUUUGAUCAACGAAUCACCACAUCAAGCCAUAAAACUAUUGCUAUCUGGGCUUCGUAGUGAUUCCAGCUCCUGUUCUCAGUAUGCUGGACAAGUUACCUUUCCUAACAUUGCUCCACCAGCAUCUCUUAAUUUAAAAUUUGCCAAUAGUGUUUAUGAAGCGCUGCAAGAAGAAAAGAGAAGAUCUAGAAUCGAAUAUCUUUCAAAUCUGACAUUGGGAGCCGAUUCGAACUCCCCAACUUCCCUUAUUUCUCAAGAUUCAAGGUUAGCUGCGACCAUUGAAUUAAAGGCCCUUCAACUUCGCCCGUUUCAAAGAAAAAUGCAGCAACUGCUACUUAGCAGAUUGAAAGAUGACAUUCUGCUUGCAGUUGCCCCGGAGCGGCAGCCUCUCUAUUAUCAACAGCCUAUUAAAAAAAGUGAUUAUGGGCAUCCUCGUGAUGACGGUUCAAAGAUAAGCAUCUUUUCAAGGUUUCUUUUAUCAUCGCUCGAAUGCGUCAGAGCUUUGCUUUCAAAGUCUUCAACAAAAGCUUCGAAGCUUUCCAAGUCGACUUUGGCCCUGCAUGCGCAGGCAGAAAAAGAAGAAGUUAAAAGGGCCGAGAAAAUUGCCAAAGAGCGAUUGCAGGCACUAAAGGCAGACGAUGAAGCGGCCUAUUUGCGUCUUUUGGAUGCCCAAAAGGAUACGCGUUUGACACAUCUUUUAAGGCAAACAGAUUUGUUCAUAUCUUCGCUUGCGGAUAGACUUC